AUUUGGUAUCCUGAACUAGCGCGGCUACCGUACGAGGCUGGGGUGGGCUGAAUGAAGUGUGGUUUGACCUGGUCGGUGUCCGGUUAUCCGUUUGGAACGUACUGUGGCAAUCGCUGAGUUCCAAGUAAUUGUCCGGACGUUCGAUUGUAUUGUUGCAGCGUUCCAGCUCCUGUUGUCCGUGUCCCGUGGCCAUGUAUAUUCUCAGGAGUGCGUUGAACAGAAGCUAUGCAGCAGCUCCAAGGUCUCUGUCCUACCCUAGUAGCAUGGGACAGCAGAGAUCAAUAGGUACUUCCAGAGGCAGCAAUCAGCUCAGCGGCACUUUUUAUGAAUUUCGCAGUUACGUCAUACAGCCGGGGAAGGUGGCUGACUUUAUGAAGCUUACAAGUGAUAAUAUUCACCUACGUACUGCCCAAUCUGAACUAGUUGGGUACUGGUCAGUGGGAAUUGGGUGUCUGAAUGAAGUCUUUCAUAUUUGGAAAUAUGGCAGUUACAAGGAGCGAUCAGCAGUCCGAGAAGCCCUGGCAAACAAUAAAGACUGGCAACAAAAUUAUAUCUCAAAAAUGCUGCCGAUGCUGCUCAGUCAGACCAGUGAGAUUGUCUACAUGGUGCCCUGGGCGGAGUUGGGCAAACCACCGAAAAAAGGCAUAUAUGAGCUGGUCACUUAUCAAAUGGUACCAGGUGGACCUGUUGUAUGGGGGAAAGCCUUCCAGAAAGCAGUCAGUGCGCACAGCAAUGUGGGCUAUUGCACACUAAUUGGGGUAUUCCACAGUGAGUUUGGCCAGCUCAACAAAGUCCAUGUCCUCUGGUGGCACGAAGAUGGGGAUCAUCGAGCGUCCGGAAGGCACAGGUCACAUGAAGAUGUUAGAGUGGUGGCAGCAGUGAGGGAUAGUGCCUCAUACCUGGUGACACAGACUAACAAGCUUCUACUUCCAACUUCAUAUUCACCUCUGAAAUGAUUCCAUACACUAAACACUGGUGGUUGUGCUUUCUUUGAAUGGUGCCUGUCAUACAAGUGAUCCCUUUGAAAUCAAGCCUCGCUGCGUUGUGAUAAUGGUCACUGACCAGAGCUAAUUUUAUUUUGUACACUUUAAUGGCUGAAUUGCUUGGAAUAAAACAUUAAUCACAAA